AUGGGAAGAUCGAAAAAUUGUAAGAAGAAAAGAUUUUUAGUUAGACGUAUGGAAUUAGCUAAGCAUUUUAUUCGAACAAAUAUAGAACCGGAAUGGAUGAUUUUAUGUCUCUUACCGGUUCUGCCUCCCGAGUUGAGACCCAUCAUUCAGAUAGAAGGGGGUAAACUGAUGAGUUCAGAUAUUAAUGAACUCUAUAGAAGAGUUAUCUAUCGGAACAAUACUCUUACUGAUCUAUUAACAACAAGUAGAUCUACACCAGGGGAAUUAGUAAUGUGUCAGGAAAAAUUGGUACAAGAAGCCGUGGAUACACUUCUUGAUAAUGGAAUCCGUGGACAACCCAUGAGGGAUGGUCAUAAUAAGGUUUACAAGUCAUUUUCAGAUGUAAUUGAAGGAAAAGAGGGAAGAUUUCGCGAGACUCUGCUUGGCAAACGGGUCGAUUAUUCGGGGCGUUCGGUGAUUGUCGUUGGACCCUCACUUUCAUUACAUCGCUGUGGAUUGCCUCGCGAAAUAGCAAUAGAGCUCUUCCAGACAUUUGUAAUUCGUGGUCUAAUUAGACAACAUCUGGCUUCGAACAUAGGAGUUGCUAAGAGUCAAAUUCGUGAAAAAAAGCCGAUUGUCUGGGAAAUCCUUCAAGAAGUUAUGCAGGGGCAUCCCGUAUUACUGAAUAGAGCACCUACUCUACAUAGAUUAGGCAUACAGUCAUUCCAACCCAUUUUAGUGGAAGGACGCACUAUUUGUUUACAUCCAUUAGUUUGUAAGGGGUUCAAUGCAGACUUUGAUGGGGAUCAAAUGGCUGUUCAUGUGCCUUUAUCUUUAGAAGCUCAAGCAGAGGCUCGUUUACUUAUGUUUUCUCAUAUGAAUCUCUUAUCUCCAGCUAUUGGAGAUCCCAUUUCUGUACCGACUCAAGAUAUGCUGAUUGGACUCUAUGUAUUAACGAGCGGCACUCGUCGAGGUAUUUGUGCAAACAGAUAUAAUCCAUGUAAUCGAAAAAACUAUCAAAAUGAAAGAAUUUACGAAACAAACUAUAAGUAUAUGAAAGAACCCUUUUUUUGCAAUUCCUAUGAUGCAAUUGGAGCUUAUCGGCAGAAAAGAAUCAAUUUAGAUAGUCCUUUGUGGCUUCGGUGGCAAUUAGAUCAACGCGUUAUUGCUUCAAAAGAAGUUCCUAUCGAAGUUCACUAUGAAUCUUUUGGUAACUAUCAUGAGAUUUAUGCACACUAUCUGAUAGUAAGAAGUGUAAAAAAACAAACUUUUUGUAUAUAUAUUCGAACCACAGUUGGUCAUAUUUCUUUUUAUCGAGAAAUCGAGGAAGCUAUACAAGGUUUUUCUCAAGCUUGUUCAUAUGAUACCUAAUAAUAUGGUAUUCAUAAAAAAAGAAUUAUAGGACACCCGUGUGAAUUCGGACCUCUCCGAGUCAACUCGGACAUAGUUCCUGACCUAAAAAAUCAAGAUCGAGAAAAGGAAGUUUUGCAAUCAUUGACUCAAACUCAUUGUCGAAUCCCAUUCAGCAGAAUAUGGAGGUACUUAUGGCGGAACGGGCCAAUCUGGUAUUUCACAAUAAAGUGAUAGAUGGAACUGCUAUUAAACGACUUAUUAGCCGAUUAAUAGAUCACUUCGGGAUGGCAUAUACAUCACACAUCCUAGAUCAAGUAAAGACUCUGGGUUUCCAGCAAGCAACUGCUACAUCCAUUUCAUUAGGAAUUGAUGAUCUUUUAACGAUACCUUCUAAGGGCUGGCUUGUCCAAGAUGCUGAACAACAAAGUUUGAUUUUGGAAAAACACCAUCAUUAUGGGAAUGUACAUGCGGUAGAAAAAUUACGCCAAUCUAUUGAGAUAUGGUAUGCUACAAGUGAAUAUUUGCGACAGGAAAUGAAUCCUAAUUUUAGGAUGACGGACCCUUUCAAUCCAGUCCAUAUGAUGUCUUUUUCGGGAGCUAGAGGAAAUGCAUCUCAAGUACAUCAAUUAGUAGGUAUGAGAGGAUUAAUGUCGGAUCCCCAAGGACAAAUGAUUGAUUUACCUAUUCAAAGCAAUUUACGCGAAGGACUGUCUUUAACAGAAUAUAUUAUUUCUUGCUAUGGAGCCCGUAAAGGAGUUGUAGAUACUGCGGUCCGCACAUCAGAUGCUGGAUAUCUUACGCGUCGACUUGUUGAAGUAGUUCAACAUAUUGUUGUACGUCGAACGGAUUGUGGCACUAUCCGAGGGAUUUCUGUGAGUCCUCGAAAUAAAAGUCGGAUGAUGUCAGAAAGAAUUUUUAUCCAAACAUUAAUUGGUCGUGUCUUAGCAGACGAUAUAUAUAUAGGUUCCCGAUGUGUCGCCUUUCGAAAUCAAGAUCUUGGGAUUGGACUUGUCAAUCGAUUCAUAACCUUUGGAACACAAUCAAUAUCUAUUCGAACUCCCUUUACUUGUCGGAGUACAUCUUGGAUCUGUCGAUUAUGUUAUGGCCGGAGUCCCACUCAUGGUGACCUAGUUGAAUUGGGGGAAGCUGUAGGUAUUAUUGCGGGUCAAUCUAUUGGCGAACCGGGGACUCAACUAACAUUAAGAACUUUUCAUACCGGUGGAGUAUUUACAGGAGGUACUGCCGAACAUGUACGAGCCCCUUAUAAUGGAAAAAUCAAAUUUAAUGAGGAUUUGGUUCAUCCUACACGUACACGUCACGGGCAUCCUGCCUUUCUAUGUUAUAUAGACUUGUCUGUAAUUAUUGAGAGCGAAGAUAUUAUACAUAGCGUGACUAUUCCACCAAAAAGUUUUCUUUUAGUUCAAAAUGAUCAAUAUGUGGAAUCAGAACAAGUGAUUGCUGAGAUUCGCGAGGGAACAUCCACUUUUCAUUUUAAAGAGAGGGUUAGAAAAUAUAUUUAUUCUGACUCCGAGGGCGAAAUGCAUUGGAGUACUGAUGUAUCCCAUGCACCCGAAUUUACAUAUAGUAAUGUCCAUCUUUUACCAAAAACAAGUCAUUUAUGGAUAUUAUCAGGAGGUUCUUGUGGAUCUAGUCUAAUUCUUUUUUCGAUCCACAAAGAUCAAGAUCAAAUGAACAUACCCUUUCUUUCCGUCGAAAGAAAAUCUAUUUCUAGCCUCUCAGUGAAUAAUGAUCAAGUGAGCAAAAAAUUUUCAGUUCAGAUUUUUCUGAUAAAAAAAAAUCUGGGAUUCCCAAUUAUUCAGAAUUGAAUGGAAUCGUAGGUACUAGUCAUUAUAAUUUCAUAUAUUCUGCUAUUUUUCAUGAGAAUUCGGAUUUAUUAGCAAAAAGGCGAAGAAAUAGAUUUCUCAUUCCAUUCCAAUCGAUUCAAGAGCAAGCGAAAGAGUUCAUACCACAUUCAGGUAUCUCGAUUGAAAUACCCAUAAAUGGUAUUUUCCGUAGAAACAGUAUUUUUGCUUUUUUUGAUGAUCCUAGAUACAGAAGAAAGAGUUCCGGAAUUCUUAAAUAUGGAACUCUAAAGGCGGACUCAAUCGUCCAAAAAGAGGAUAUGAUUGAGUAUCGAGGAGUCCAAAAAUUUAAGACAAAAUACGAAAUGAAAGUAGAUCGCUUUUUUUCAUUCCUGAGGAAGUGCAUAUUUUACCCGAAUCCUCCGCCAUAAUGGUACAGAACUAUAGUAUCAUUGGAGUCGAUACACGAAUCACUUUAAAUAUAAGAAGCCAAGUCGGCGGGUUGAUCCGAGUGGAGAGAAAAAAAAAAAGGAUUGAACUCAAAAUAUUUUCGGGGGAUAUCCAUUUUCCGGACAAGACAGAUAAGAUAUCCCGACAUAGUGGCAUCUUGAUACCGCCAGGAAGGGGAAAAACAAACUCUAAAGAAUCAAAAAAUUUAAAAAAUUGGAUUUAUGCCCAACGGAUCACACCAACCAAGAAAAAGUUUUUUGUUUUGGUGCGGCCCGUAGCUACCUAUGAGAUAAUGGACAGUAUAAAUUUAGCAACACUCUUCCCACAAGAUCUCUUUCGGGAAAAGGAUAAUAUUCAACUUCGAGUUUUCAACUAUAUCCUUUAUGGAAAUGGUAAACCAACUCGAGGAAUUUCUGACACAAGUAUUCAAUUGGUUCGCACUUGUUUAGUCUUGAAUUGGGACCAAGACAACAAAAAUUCUUCCCUCGAGCGAUCUCCGCUUUCGUUGUUGAAGUAAGUACAAAGGGUUUGAUUCGAGAUUUCAUAAGAAUUGGCUUAGUGAAAUCCCAUAUUUCGUAUAUAAGAAAAAGAAAUAAUCCGCCGGAUUCGGGAUUGAUCUCUGCAGAUUCCGUGAAUCCGUUUUAUUCGCUUUCUCCCAAGGCUGGCAUUCUUCAACAAUCGCUUAGACAAAAUCAUGGAACUAUUCGUAUGUUCAGAAAUAAGGAAUCCCAAUCUUUGUUAAUUUUAUCAUCCUCUAAUUGUUUUAGAAUCGGUCCAUUUAAUCAUGUAAAAUAUCACAAUGUUAUAAACCAAUCAAUAAAAAAAAAACCUCUAAUUACAAUUCAAAAUUCGUCGGGCCCCUUAGGAACAGCCAUUCAAAUUUCGAAUUUUUAUUCAUUUUUGCCUUUACUAACUUAUAAUCAGAUCUCUGUAAUUAAAUAUUUGCAACUUGAUAACUUCAAAUAUAUUUUUCAAAUAAUUCACUCUUAUUUAAUAGAUGAAAACGGAAGAAUUUUUAAUCUAGAUCCAUACAGUAACCUUGUUUUGAAUCCAUUCAAAUUGAAUUGGUAUUUUCUUCAUCAAAAUUAUAAUAAUUAUUAUUGUGAGGAAACGUCCACAAUAAUAAGUCUUGGACAAUUUUUUGUGAAAAUCUAUGUAUAGCCAAAAAAGAACCAUACCUAAAAUCGGGUCAAGUUUUAAUUGUUCAAAGGGAUUCUGUAGUAAUAAGAUCCGCUAAGCCCUAUUUGGCUACUCCGGGAGCAAAAGUUCACGGGCAUUAUAGAGAAAUUCUUUACGAAGGGGAUACAUUAGUUACAUUUAUAUAUGAAAAAUCGAGAUCCGGUGAUAUAACCCAAGGUCUUCCAAAAGUAGAACAGGUGUUAGAAGUCCGCUCGAUUGAUUCAAUAUCACUGAACUUAGAAAAGCGGAUUAAGGGUUGGAACAGGUGUAUAACAAGAAUUCUUGGAAUUCCUUGGGGAUUCUUGAUUGGUGCUGAGCUAACUAUAGUGCAAAGUCGUAUUUCUUUGGUUAAUAAGAUUCAAAAGGUUUAUCGAUCCCAGGGGGUGCAGAUUCAUAAUAGGCAUAUCGAAAUUAUUGUACGUCAAAUAACAUCAAAAGUUUUGGUUUCAGAAGAGGGAAUGUCUAAUUUUUUUACCUGGAGAAUUGAUUGGAUUGUUACGAGCAGAACGCACGGGGCGUGCUUUAGAAGAAGCAAUCUGUUAUCGAGCCGUUUUAUUAGGAAUAACUCGAGCAUCUUUGAAUACUCAAAGUUUUAUAUCCGAAGCAAGUUUUCAAGAAACUGCUAGAGUUUUAGCAAAAGCUGCUCUUCGGGGUCGUAUCGAUUGGUUGAAAGGCCUGAAAGAAAAUGUUGUUCUAGGGGGUGUGAUCCCCGCCGGGACCGGGUUCAACAAAGGAUUGGUGCAUUGUUCACGGCAACAUACCAAUAUUCUUUUUGAAAAAAAAACAAAGAAUUUAUCUUUAUUAGAGGGAGAUAUGAGAGAUAUUUUAUUUUAUCACAGGGAAUUUUGUGACUCUUCUAUUUACAAAUCUGCCUUUUCUAGAAUUGAAUAAUUCCUAAUAGCAGAUUCCUGUUUUGAAUUUCAUGUUUUAUUGUUUGCUGUAGUCAUUUGCUUUAAUAAUUUGUUAACACUAAUAAAGAUAAUAAUGAAUACAAAAUAAUGGCUCGGCUCGUGCAUAAACGGACAAGAGAAGGUUCCAUUGGAACAAAUUUUUAUUUUAGUUUUGGGUACCCCCCUUUUAAGUGUGAAAAGAAAUGACAAAAAGAUAUUGGAACAUCGAUUUGGAAGAGAUGAUGAGAGCAGGAGUUCAUUUUGGGCAUGGUACUAGGAAAUGGAAUCCUAGAAUGGCACCUUAUAUUUCUGCAAAGCGUAAAGGUAUUCAUAUUAUAAAUCUGACUAGAACUGCUCGUUUUUUAUCAGAAGCUUGUGAUUUAGUUUUUGAUGCAGCAAGUAGGGGAAAACAAUUCUUAAUUGUUGGGACAAAAAAUAAAGCAGCUGAUUUAGUGUCGCGGGCUGCAAUAAGGGCUCGGUGUCAUUAUGUUAAUAAAAAGUGGCUCGGCGGCAUGUUAACAAAUUGGUCUACUACAGAAAAAAGACUUCAUAAGUUUAGGGACUUGAGAACUGAACAAAAGACAGAGGGAUUCAACCGUCUUCCGAAAAGGGAUGCAGCUGUGUUGAAGAGACAAUUAUCUCGCUUGGAAACAUAUCUAGGCGGGAUUAAAUAUAUGACGGGAUUGCCUGAUAUUGUAAUCAUCAUCGAUCAGCAAGAAGAAUAUACGGCUCUUCGAGAAUGUAUAACUUUGGGAAUUCCAACCAUUUCUUUAAUCGAUACAAAUUGUAAUCCCGAUCUCGCGGAUAUUUCUAUUCCAGCAAAUGAUGACGCUAUAGCUUCAAUUCGAUUCAUUCUUAACAAAUUAGUAUUCGCAAUUUGUGAGGGUCGUUCUAGCUAUAUACAAAAUUCUUGAUUAAUAAUAAGAUAAAUAAAUCAAUUUUUUUUGAGGGAGGGGCUCCCUGUAUUUCGAUUUAUAAAAUCGGUUACUAUUCCUGAAUCAUACAAAAGAAAAAGAGAUAAAAAACUGGGUAUAUUGUGUGAUUCGUUUAGUUGGUAUCCAAAACUAAAAUAAAAAUUCAAGUAAAUAAGUAAAAAAAAAGGGGGGGUCUUGAAUCAAAAUAAUUUAAAGUUCUUAUUUCUGUCAGAGGGCAAUAUGAAUGUUUUAUCAUGUUCCAUCAAUACACUAAUAAAAGAAGGGUUAUAUGAGAUAUCUGGUGUAGAAGUAGGCCAACAUUUCUAUUGGCAAAUAGGGGGGUUCCAAGUCCAUGCGCAAGUCCUUAUUACUUCUUGGGUUGUAAUUGCUAUCUUAUUAGGUUCCGCAGCUCUAGCGGUUCGCAAUCCACAAACCAUUCCAACUGGCGGCCAAAACUUCUUUGAAUUUGUCCUUGAAUUCAUUCGAGAUGUGAGUCAAACCCAGAUUGGAGAAGAAUACGGUCCAUGGGUUCCCUUUAUUGGAACCCUGUUUUUAUUUAUUUUUGUUUCUAACUGGUCAGGAGCCCUUUUACCGUGGAAAAUUAUCCAGUUACCUCAAGGGGAGUUAGCAGCACCAACGAAUGAUAUAAAUACGACGGUUGCUUUAGCUUUACUCACAUCAGUAGCAUAUUUUUAUGCGGGUCUUAGCAAAAAAGGAUUAGGGUAUUUCAGUAAAUACAUUCAACCAACUCCAAUUCUUUUACCCAUUAACAUCUUAGAAGAUUUUACAAAACCCCUAUCACUGAGUUUUCGACUUUUCGGAAAUAUAUUAGCCGAUGAAUUAGUAGUUGUUGUUCUUGUUUCUUUAGUACCUUUAGUGGUUCCUAUACCUGUCAUGUUCCUUGGAUUAUUUACAAGCGGGAUUCAAGCUCAUUUUUGCCACUUUAGCUGCGGCUUAUAUAGGUGAAUCCAUGGAGGGUCAUCAUUAACUAUUUUUUUUUUUCAAAUUUAGGUUAGCCCAAUUAUCGAAUAGUUGGUUUACGUUAUGUAAGAAACACUUGUAUAUGUCAUAUUUGAUAUUGACUAGGUAUAUAUAAGUUAAAGAUCUAUAUAAUCUGCCCCACUAUUUUUGUGAAUUUCUAUUUAGAUAACGAUUCGAUUAUAAGUUCUUACUUUUUAUCUGUGAAUUGGCUGAAAAAAACGAUCAAAAAAAGAACGAAGAAUUAAAAGAAAAGAAUGGUUCACAAAAAAGAAACGGCAUAAAAAAGUCGUAUAUAUAUAUAUUAUGCAUUUUUCAAAAUCCCGUGGAUAGGAA